AUGGGAAACAAAUCCAGUGUCGUUUUGGACGAUUUUUUUAUUGAUUUUAGACGUCGUUUAGAUGAUCAAGAUUCUCUACCUCCAUCUUCUACUGUGCUUUAUUUUGAUGAAACAUCCGAGGCUGUUCAAGAUGCUAUAUUCUAUGCCAAAUUAACCAGAACGUCUAAUUGCAGGCCUAGUUAUGACAAGCUAAAUUGUCCAUUCUGUAAAGAAAUACUACCAGAUGGUUAUGUGGUGCAAACCUAUGGAAAUAAUCCUUUGGGAAUCACUGGAUACAUUGCUGUAUCAGAACAAAAAAAAUCCAUCUAUGUUCUUGUCCGAGGUGCCUCUUCUUUCCGAAAUAAGAUUGUGUUUGGUAAAGAUGAACUUGUGCCUCACCCUUUCAUUCCCCGUGCCCGAGCUCAAAUAGGUUUAAUAAGGGCUAUGCUGGAUAUACGGGACACUAUUCAUCAAGCUGUAAGUGAUCAAAUUGGCUUACAUCCAGAUUACAAAGUUCAUGUUGCAGGACAUUCUUUUGGCGCUGGUGUAGGAUCUCUUGUUACUGUGGAUCUAUAUCAACAUUUUCCUCAAUUGAAUUUCAACAAUUUGCAAGGACAUCUUUUAGAAUCAGGCAAACCUCGUGUAGGUGAUAUUGGAUAUGCUUCAUUUGUAGCAGAUCAAAAUAUCAACAUUACAAGAUAUGUUCAAGAGGAUGAUGCAGUAGAAAUUGUACAUCGACCUACUAUAAAAAAAGGAUUCACGCAUGAAGGAGAUGAAUAUUGGAUCAGUUCAAGAAAAAGAAUGAAUCUCAUUGUAUGUCCUGGACCGCGUGAAACAAGAAACUGUUCAAACUCAUUAGAGUAUGGAGGCAGUAUGGCACAUCUGAGUUAUUUUGGUAUAGUCCAAAGUUGUGAUGAUGAUCUUCAUAACUUGAUAUGA